AUGCAAGAAAGGACCCGGAGUCAAAUGCUCGAAGACAUCGUUGCUAACUUGCAGAACCAUGCUGAAACUGGACAGAUACCGAAACCUUACCGAAGAGGGUCAUGGCGUCCCAUUGGUCACAUGCGACCGUCUUCUCCACUCCUGGACUCGGUGCGGGACCAGUUCGAGGACUAUGACCAGCUUGCAAAGGACUUCACAAGGGUGUUCCUCAACGGUGAACUGAACAUGGCACAGAACGCCCAACUAUUUGACGUGGUUUUCCUGGUGGGACAGUCGAAGCAGAAAACCAAGUUUAUUGGUGUCAGAGCCAUACUUGGUGUGAGAAGCCGGGUAUUCCAAGAGAUGCUAUACGGCAUCCAGACUGGUUUCGGUUCCCCCCAAGUCCCGGUAGCUGAACUGUUGGCACGGCCAGCACCCACACUUCUCUCUCCGACACCUGCAAGGCAAAAAAGUAGCAACUUCUUGCAGGUUCCUGAUAUUGAAUCACCAAGACCAAAAAGCGUUCCUAGUUCACCAAUGGUGAAACGAGCUUUCUCCAGAUUGGGCACCAUUACAGCAGGCUGGGGACGAUCCAUUCGCAAGCAACACUCGCAACUUAAUGCAGAAGACAAAAAGAAAUGGGCCAGUUCCCAAGAUUGUUCUAAUAAAGAAGGCAAAGAUAAAGAAAAAGAUAAAAAUGCAGCUCUUGCUGUACCCAGACUUUCCGUGUGCGCUGACGCACAAAAAGUCGAUCGAGCAAAACUGGCGCAAACUGAGUUUUCAAUAAUCGAGUUCGAUCCCGAAACUUUCCGCAUCCUCCUGGACUACUUGCAUACCGGCAGCUGCCCGCUGACCUGCGCCUCGAUACCAGGCCUCAUUUGUGCUGCUGAGCAUUACGACCUGCCUGAAUUACUACAGGCGUGUUUCCACCAUGCUAAACAAUUCCUUAGAAUAGAAGUGGUAUGCACGAUGCUCAUAUCAUUAGAAAAUUACUACUGGCGAUAUACGUCAGCCUCGGAGUUGGUAAAUAUGAUACUGGCCUUCAUCGAGCAGCGAGCGUACGCCCUGUUCCAGACUCCGGAGUUCCUCAACCUGUCCGAGUCCAUGGUGCAAAUGAUCAUGUGCCGGAAUCUCGAGGUGCCGGAGGUGAGGAAGUUCGAGGCGAUGCUCAGCUGGGCCCGGAAUAAGAUCAAAGCCAAGUCCGCUAAUAAGACUGAUGCCAAAAAUGAAUUUAAAUGCACAAUGGAAAGAUUAGCUAGAGACCUGAAGCUGUAUAGGAUUUCACCGCAAGAGUUGAUAAAGGUGGUGCUCCCGUCGAAGGCUAUAAAGAACGAGCGGAUCCUGGAGACGCUGAUGUACCAGGCAAACUCGGGCAUGUACAGGAUUCAGGACAGCUACAUCGAGGCCUGCCAGCAACGCCUGCAGAAACAGGAUUCGAGGUUCUCGGAGUUCGAAAGUUUUGACUACGGUAUAUAAACAUGGAGCUGUGAGAUAUAUCAGUGUAUUAGAUAGAUUAUGAAGAGUGACUGGGCUGGGUCCUUCUAUAAUGUGGUAUGUUGAC